ACUGGCAGAAAAUACACACUUUCGGACUAGCUAGCCUCGGCCGAAUUCGGAGUGGGAAUGUUUUUCUCAAAAUGGCGCUCGGACUGUGUAACAACGAGUAGACAGAAUAGAUGACGCGAAAAAUUGAAAACUAACAAGUAAAAAUUGAUAUUUUUGUGAAAAAUAUAGUUGAAAAGUCUACAUAAGAACUUUCUUAAUAUCGGUUAAGUGGAAUUUGAAACGCUGAACAUCGAAAAGAGUGAAAAUUAAAGAUUUUUACGGAAACGUAGCAUAACGAGUUGCAGGAGAACGCGACGAGUCACGCAAGGCGACAGCGUUGGGCAACGGCGCAUAGAACGACCGGUCGAGCCGUUUUGCCGUGCAGCCACAACAGUCGUAAUCCAGCUAGAUACAUAACGCAAGACAAAGUACACAUUUGAGGUGCUCCACUGAUUCGAAUGCAGAGCGGGUGUCGGAGUAGUACGGGACAAGUGAAAAAAAUCCCCAAAGUAGAAGUUUUCGCACUGCGCGUACAUUACACCAAUCGGAAGCGUAGCAAGUGCGUGUGGUUGUUGUAUUGUUGUGGGGAAGCUUUGAAACCCAAUCGGCAUUGAAAUUGUAGAUAAAGCAUUAGUAUGCAUGAUUACUAAGUGUUUGAGGGGUUAUGCGACAGAGUAGCACAAUUUUGUACAGGCAAUCUGUAGUUUGAUUUUUAAUGUGUGAUAAAGAGACUCGUUGCUUUAUUAAAGUUUUGGCGGUACUAAGACACUGUUUUUGUAUGCAAAUUUAUUAGUACUGCCUGGUUAAAGGCAACAACCCCACAACAACAUAUGAACAACAUGAAUGUUUAAGCAAAUCUAACAAUCUAACAAAUUUCCUUUGUAGUCUUUUAAACACGUACUAUAUAACCGUCUUGUAAAACAAUAUGGAUCCCAAUUCAAGCCCUUGGUCUUACGCUUAUAAUCGUAUUGUGCCAUCUGCCUCCAGUACUGGUUCUGCGGAAGAUUUUCAGCAUCCACACUUGGCGCCUGCACAAUCCCUAUUUCUACAAGCAGCGCAUUCAGGCAUAGCAGCUAGCUUUAAUGCCGCUGCUGCUGGUAGCGGUAGUUUUGUGUCACCCUCACCAAUCAGCGGAUAUAAUCCGGUAUUUCAACAAAUCUACCAUCAUGCGGCCGCAGCUAGCGCGCAACCAAAACCAGCGCAUUACGCCUCAAGUGCGGUUAAUACGCCAGUUCGUCAAAUUCAAAUCCCAUCGACGUUAGACAAACAAUUGACGAAUUUUCAAAAUCAAGCCGCUGUUGCUGUUGUAUCAUCUGCUGCAGCAGCUGCAGCAAAUAAUGCUGCUUCUAAUUAUUAUGGUGAAAAUUCCUCGUCAAGCGGUGCUUCCCCAUCGCCUACAACAUCCGCAAUUACAUCAACAACGCUCAGUUGGAAUGCGCCGAUGAUAUCAAAUACGUUCUUGGCAAUGCAACAACAGCAGCAGCAGCAACAGCAAACACAACAACAGCAACAUCAACAGCAGCAGGCACAACAGCAACAAUUGAAUUUAGUGGCGGAGAAGGUGCAAAUCAAACAGGAGAAACCAGCCGAUUUAAAGGCUUAUAAUGACAUAAUUAUUUAUCAGACACAACUGCAACAGCAACAACAGCUGCAACAGCAACAGCAGCAGCAGCAAGAAGAAGCAAAUGCUGCAUUAGACAACGAUGGUGAAAUGUACUAUACCAUUGAUGGUAAAAACUUUAAAAUUGUACGCAAAGGGCAACAACAACAAGUUAUACAAGUUGAACAAAUGCAACAGAAUGAUGUAAAUGAUACAUAUGCUGCUGGCAGCACAACACCAGCCCUUACAGUUGCAGUUGAUAAUGCAGUGUCACCUCAAGUAAUCGUCUAUAAGACGGGUGGUGGAGGUGCAGAAUCGCCAGCCUUGCGGCGGAACGUUGCAGGUGCAGGCUCACCCGCAUCAGCAGCCACUGUGGCCUAUUCGUCUGUGAUACAAAGUACACCGCCACAACAGCAACAGCUGCAACAACAGCAACACGUUUCUGCGUGUUGGACUAAAAUCGAAGAUACCAAUGGUUCGAACGAUGGUGGUGCUAGCACAGAAGAUGUGAAAAAUGUGUUGCAGCUGCAAGUGAAGCAGGAGAAUCGUCAAUUGGGCUACGUAGCUGACAACGAAGUAGGUGAAAGUUUGAUAUUUAACUUGCCACCUGGGCUGGAAAUUAAACAAACGCUUUAUAACCCAAAUACGGGUACUACCAUUGGUAAUGCAACAGUGUUGCAGCAUACACAACAACAGCAGCAGCAACAACACUUGCUUGCACAACAAAGUUUGUACAAUAAUAAUCAGAAAUUGCAACAGCAACAACAACAACAAGUCGAAAAGCAACGGCGCCAGCAUAUGGUAGCAAAUAUGCUGGUGUCGCCAACGGCUACUAAUAAUCAGCAGCAACAACAGCAGCAAACCGCCGUCGCGCAACAGCAGCAGCAACCACAAACUCAAUCUUCCCAAUCGUCACAGAUUCAAAUCAUACCCAAGGUUGAAGUGGAACAGCCAAAACAGCUGCCUUCAAAGCCAGCCAAAACGCCGCGCAAGCGUCAGCCGAAAAAGACGCUUGUCACCAAUGAUUAUGCUACGGUACGCAGCCCUCAGCAGGAUGUUGUGCAGCACCAACAACAGCAAACACAGCAGCACCAUCAGCAGCAGCAACAACAGCAGACGCAACAGCAGCAACAACAGCAGCAGCAGCAGCAACAACAAGCUACAUACUAUGAUUUUAACAGUAAAUGGAAUACGCCACUGAAGAUCGAGAAUAAUACGCCGUCACCGGUAGCGCAGACGCCCGCCAUUAGCAUACCAACGUAUGUGAAUCCACACACCGCACAACAGCAGCAGCAGCACCAGCAACAGCAACAACAGCAGCAACAGCAAGUGCAACAGCAGCAGCAGCAACAGCAACAAGUCGCCGCACAACAACAGCAACAAAUACCACAACCGGCGCAUAUGCAAUCAUCACAGGCGCAAUCACAAGCGCAUCUAACGAAUUUAUCUUCGUAUUACUCGAGCACAUUUCCACAACAAAUUGCUUCACAGUACUCGGCAUGCAUGCAACAGAAUGCCGCAACCGCAGGCGCCAUACAACAUACGCUUUAUAAUCUCAAUCAGCAGCAGCAACAGCAGCCGCCGCAGCCCAUGCAACAGUCACCGCAGCAGCAGCAGCAGCCGCAGCAGCAACAACAACAACAACAACCGCAGCCACAACCGCCGCCGCAGCAAGCACCGGCGCAACAUCAUCAACAGGCACCCCAACAGCCACAACAACAGCAGCCCAGCGCGGAAGCAACGGCGGUUGUGAAUGAUCCAAGCAAUAAAGUGAUUGUGCCCAAUAUCGAAGAGGAGUUGGAUUUUCUAACUGACGCGAUAGCGCCAAAGCAGGGCUUUGCGAACUCGUCUUCAAACGUGAACAACAGCAAUGGGCGCAGUGCCACCAAUUUUGGCAUACGCCAUCCGGCAAAUGAGGGACAAAGUGCUGGUAGCACACCCGUGGCCAGCGUGGUUACAAAUAACGGCUUGGCUGGCGUAGCGACGAGUACAUCUUUAGCUAACAGUGUGGUAACGCCAGGUAGCGAACGUAAGCCGGUUGUAGGCACUUCGAUCGGCGAGAAGAAAACCCAAUUCAUGGACAGCUAUUUGAAGUUCCUUCAAGGUGAGCGUGACGAUUCACCACCACCGGCUGUAGUGAAAAGCGGCCGCAAGCUGAACUAUCAACGUUCGCCGAGUGGCAAUACCGCGAAACGUGCAAAACCGGGCAAUGGGAAUAGCGAUGAUACAGCAAAUGCUGCUGCUGCUACAGGCCAAACGAAUGAGCAACCAGCGAACCCACAGCAAGGCGCCGUUGUUGACGAACAAACCGCUGGUUUAACGGGAGACGACGCACAUCGCAUUAAAAUACUCUCACAAACGCAAAUAUUGCCGAAGAAGCGACCACAAGCUCACAUGGCAGCCGCAGCGGCAGCUGCUGCCGCAGCCGAAACAUCAGCAGCAGCAACGGCAAGCACUGCAUCGGUUAUUCAACAUCCACCCGAACAGCAGCAGCAAAUACAACAACAUCAGCAACAGCAGCAGCAAUCAUUCCGGCCGUACGGUCAACAGCAUCCAACACAAGCACAGCCACAACCGCAGCAGGCACAGCAACAUCCACAACAACAGCAGCAGCAGCAGCAGCAAUACUGUGCACAAUUGGGCUUCAGCGGUGGCGGCGGCGGCAGCAGUCAAGAUCCACUCACAUUGCCGCCACGACGCGAGCAAGGUCUACGCAAAGCGAAACAGACCAGCAUGCAUGCCAUGUUCAUGAGCUCUGGCAGUGCUGGCGGCACUGGCGCUACGGGCUUGGCUGAUAAUGAAGAUCAAGAGCCCGAUGAAUUUGCGGACUCGGACACAGAUCCCGUGUGGACGCCACAAGAAGAGGAUAGCGAUGAAGGCGGCAGAAAUUAUCGCCGAAAAUCAUCGCGUCGCAAUAAGAGCGCACCACGCAAGUCAAACUACAAUCAGCCGUCAGAGCAACAGCAGCAGCAGCCACAAACGCCACUUAAUCAAGUACAACAACAACAACAGCAGCAACAACAACAACAACAGCCACAGCAGCAGCAACAGCAGGCUCAGCAGCAACAAAAUGUUGAUGGCUAUACGCCGAAUAAGGCCAAUGCAUCUUCGUAUGCCAAUGCUACGCACGAUGCGGAUAAUUUUAAGACCGGUGAUUUUAUUGUUCUACGUUCGGAUUUGGUCAACGAUUGGCCCAUAAUUUGGCAAGUGGACACUCAAUGCAUUCUACAAAAAUAUGAGCCAUUCUGUCAGAAUGGUAAAAUGUUUUAUCGCAACAUGUCAAUGUAUUCGUCUUGGAAUCUUGAUUCAAAGAAGCUGUAUGUUAAGGCGCCUGUGCGCAUACAAGUACAAUCGCACAAAGAGACUAUAGUAGAAUUUAUGCGUUCCGAGUUGUUAGCCGAUGAUACCGAACAAUUCAUUGAGAAAAUUAUGGAGGAUUAUUUGCGUUAUCGUGAUAAUUUUGAAAUCUACAUACAAACAAUGAUAUCGCAAGUGCUGGAUCCCAGUUUUUUCUUGGAAAUAACCAGAGAAAAGGAUGAAUACUUUCUGGGUAGCGUGCGUAUCAUCGAUAGCAUUAUGGACAAUUGUAAACGUAAACUACUCUCAAUUACACCCUGGACGCGCAGUAUUAUCGUUUCAAUUGAAACGUACCCGAAAUGCCAUGUAUUCACUGAGUGGGGUCAAAAUAACUUGACACAAAAGAAUUGCGGUGGUUGUCAUCAGCCAGGCAUAUCGGUGCGUUUCCUGCUCUUUGGCAAUCCCUAUCAUGCCAACACCAUGCAACCGGUGCCAGUUGAUACGCGUUUGGCUUGUGAGAAGGACAUACUCUUAUGUCGCAUUUGUGCCGCGCGUGCUGACAUUUUCCAUAAGAUUGCGCAUGAAAAGUAUAAUUUGUAUAUACACUGUUCGAGACGUGUUGCCGAGCAACAACAGGAAUAUCCGGGUAAAUCGUCUACGGAAAUUUUAAAUGAUCUACUCGCCGAACACAACUGGGUGGAUGAGUUGUUUCGAAAUAUGCGUAACUCCUGGGCCGAGGUCGAAAGCUUGGAGCGGCAGAAACGUUUUCGUGAAGUUUCGCAAUAAGAUAUAUUCACAAUUACUUACACGCAUACAAACCUUGCGUCAUCGACUUGGAAUUGGUGCUCACGUUCUGAACGAGUUCAGACAAAGAUGCCGUGCAAUAAACAGCUCAGCAAAAAGCUAACGAAAUUCCUUAUAAAAUUCUAACUACACAAGCAAAACAACAAAACAUAAUUAACUAUGGCAAAAGAAAACAAAAAACUAAAAAAAAAAAACAUAAAAAUAUUCUUGUAUCAACUGUUAUUAGCAACAUUUUUAGGCAUGCUAAUACAAUAGUUCUCUAAAAAGGAAACAAUGUUAAACGCUAUGCAAAAUACAAAAAUACAAAAAUAUAUAAAUAUUGAAUAGCAGUUAUUAAGUACGUACAUACAUACAUAUACUACACAAAUACUAUAUACAGAUAAGCAUACAAUAUGAAGUUCGUUUAAGUGAAAGCAGACUAAGCAACCCUGCUUAUGGCUAGCUAUAUAUAAAUUGGUUAACAAAAUGCCACCCAUAGUUUAAAAUGAUUUUUUUUACAUAAAUGUAUAUGUUUACAGUAGCCUAGCAAAGUAGUUUCCACAAAUUUUUUAUCGAGCUUAAGGUGUGAUACUUAUGUAUGUAAUAGAAAUUGAAUUGGUUUUUAAUUUUUGAUUGGGGAAAAAUUAAAUACUGCACUUUUAAUAGCACUAAAUUAUCAUUAUUAGGCUACUGCGACCAUUGCGACCAAAAGGUGUACUAUAUGUUGUGUAAAGGCUCCUGAGGUACCCUAUAUUUUAAGACUUUCUGAAAAUUUUACCACAUUCUCGGGUUUA